UCAGUGCUGAUUCUGGCGGCGGGCGGACUGCGGUGAGCUCUGACAGGUUUUGCGUACGUUUGACGUCUCCUCCUUUCUUUUUUCACUCUCUCUCUCUCCCAUUCCUCCCUCUAUCUCCAUACCGUCCCCAUCCAUCCCCCAGACUCACGGAAAGAAGGAAAUACACCGCUGGAAUGGAUUAAUAACGAGUAGAUGAGAUGGAUGCGUGAUGGGAAGGAUGGAAUCGUUUCACCUGUUUCUCACCAUCCUCGCGUUUCGGGCCAGUCUCGCCUCCGCGGCAGACCGAAAAUUCGGCUGCCUGUUUGAGGAGGGUCUGUGUCUGAACUAUGAAGUCUGUCUUAAUGAUGGCAUGUUGGGCCGCUGUGAGGCUGCUCCACUAACAGGCGUCUACACGUAUGACGUCACGCCAGCAACGGUACAGAGAUUCCGCAUGCUACUUCAGAGACUGGCACACAGAGGGUUGUCUUGGGAAGAUGACAUCACACAACAAGUUUUAUCGAACGAGUUCUCCAAACUACGCAAAGUUUCUCUUCCUUUACCAGAGCCCAGGCCACAGGGUUAUGGGACUGCUGUCGGAGACAGGAGAAUGAAAUCAUCCGAGGCUGAGGUUAGGAAGACCCUGAAAUACUUGCAGCACUUGGGACUGCUACCAAAAACAUCACACAAGAUGGCGGAGCUUCAAUAUUAUCGCUCUGGAGAACCACGCCCUGAAACUGACUCCUCCCCUCCUGAGUUUAUUCCAGAGGUGCCCUAUAAAUCAAAGUCUUACCCUGACCUCAGCCGUUACCAGAGCGAUGCGGCACAAGCUCCUCAGCAGGAAGAGGGGCCAGACCUGCUGGCAGCCGCACUUCAGAAGUAUCUUUCCAAGAACAAACCUCUUCAGCCUGGUCUGGGGGACAGAUCCAGAACAGAUCGAUUCUACUCAAAAGAUGGUUCAACAAAGUCUUCCACCAGUGACUCUCUAUCACCCGUGGAUGAAUCUUUCAUCUGGAAAGUUCUGCGUAAUGUGGGAAGGCACAGUGUGGAUGUGAAGAGUCUGAAGGCAGCAGACCUGGAUAAGCUUGCUGUUCUUAUCGCAGAUGCUCUGCAGGUGGUGGAACAGCAGGCAGGUCAAGGAGAGACGCCCAGAGACCUGGAGACACAGCAGAGUCCUGAGGACGAGACGGAAGACAUGCAAUAUGAGGACCAGCGCCCUGAGAGUUAUGCAGUGGAUCAAACCCCUGAAGACCGUGCUCAGAAUCAGAGGGAAGAGGAUGAGGAAAGUUCAUCUGUCACUCAAAAGACAGUUCAAACCAACCCACCUGUGACAGAGGGACAGACAGUAGUGGAGGAGAAGAGAACUAUGGACAACAAGCAGGAUGUGGGCUUUUUAGGAAAGCUUCUGGAGUAUCUGGAUAAAACCUCCAGCUCCGAACCAGAGGCUGUUGAUAAGGGGCGGGGUGUGUCUGUGGAGACAGUUCGUAGCCGAACGACACACCGGGAGGUGGGGAUGCAGAAAAAGGCAAUAGAGAGAGUAGAGGAGGUGGAAGGCUGGGUCCAGGCAGCAGCUAUUGCGCCCUCCUCUGGCCUGAAGGAAAACCCUGCGCCACACCGCAAGAACAUGAAAGUACAGGAUCUUCAGCUGGAUGUCCAGAGCAACGCUAAAAAUGACAUCUACGGAUACAUUAUUACUGACACAGAGAAUCUUCCCACUGAUAAGGGUUUGUAUCUGAUGGAGUUGGUAGCUCGUAAAGCGAAGAUUCAAAUGACUGAUUUCUCAGAGCUCUCUGUUGUUAGUCCAGCUGUGACAUUUCAGGUUCGUCCAAAUGCUCAGAACGUCACCACAGAGGAUGUGGCUAAUGUUGCAGUCCAUCGAAAGGAUGAACUGGAGAAAGAAGCGAAAGUCAAGAUUGUAGAGGCUGGAGUCACUGAUAGGAGCAAACUGAAUCAGAUUCCCACUAAGUACAGUCGCUCCGAGUCUCUGAAGUUUCUGAUUCUGACUGUGAUUUCCAUCAUCUGUAUAACUGGAGUGUUGCUGGCGUCCAGCGUUGUCUACUGUCUGCGUCAUCGUUCUCAUCACAAACUCAAAGAGAAGCUCACUAACCUUGGCUCUGACCCCACCACUGACGCCACUGCUACCUACCAGGAGCUGUGUAGGCAGCGAAUGGCAGUAAAACCUCCUGUAGAGAAGUCGGAUCCUAUUCAUUCUUCUCGUAUAAAUAGUGUGUCAUCUCAGCUGAGUGACGGUCCAAUGCCAAGCCCCUCUGCACGCACUAGCACCUCCUCCUGGAGCGAAGAACCCGCCCACUCCAACAUGGACAUCUCUACUGGUCACAUGAUACUGGCAUAUAUGGAGGACCACCUGAAAAAUAAGAAUCGUUUGGAGUCGGAGUGGGAGGCUCUCUGUGCAUAUCAGGCCGAGCCCAAUGCCACCACCAUUGGCCAGAGAGACGGCAACGUCAAGAAAAACCGCACGAGCACAGUCAUAGCCUAUGAUCACUGCAGAAUAACUCUGAAGAUGGAGAACAAUCAAGGCAACUCUGACUACAUCAAUGCCAGCCCAAUCAUGGAUCAUGACCCUCGUAAUCCUGCAUACAUCGCCACUCAGGGGCCGUUGCCCUCCACCGUGGCUGACUUCUGGCAGAUGGUCUGGGAGAGCGGGUGUGUGGUGAUUGUCAUGCUGACUCCUCUCACUGAGAAUGGUGUGAAGCAGUGUUACCACUACUGGCCUGAUGAAGGCUCCAACCUCUACCACAUUUAUGAGGUUAAUCUGGUUUCUGAGCAUGUGUGGUGUGAGGAUUUCCUCGUUCGCAGCUUUUACCUGAAGAACAUGCAGACUAACGAGACCCGUACAGUCACGCAGUUCCACUAUCACACCUGGCUGAACGACCAAACACCCGAAACAAGCCAAACCCUGCUCGACUUCCGCAGGAAAGUAAACAAAUGCUACCGUGGAAGAUCCUGCCCUGUCAUUGUUCACUGCAGUGACGGAGCUGGACGGACUGGGACAUACAUUUUGAUUGACAUGGUGUUGAAUAAAAUGGCCAAAGGUGCAAAAGAGAUUGAUAUUGCUGCUACGCUUGAACACCUGAGAGACCAGAGACCUGGCAUGGUUCAGACCAAGGAUCAGUUUGAGUUUGCACUGACGACUGUAGCUGAAGAGGUGAACGCUAUUCUCAAAGUCCUGCCACAGUGAUACUUCCUCUCUUCCUACCUUCUCUUUCUCCCUCUCAGUUGUAUAUAAACUCUGAUCCCAUUUCUGAGAAGAAUAUAUAUGUCCUAUAGAAACUAUUUUGUCUGUAAAUGAUUGGACUAUAUUCAAUAGUAAUUAGGAAUUGUGUAUUGUUUUAGUUCUGUGUGAUUAUGAAAGCACAUUAAUUUAAUUUUUCAUGUCAUUGUUUCGAAUUUGUUUCUACUGCAUAUCGCACAGAAAACUGGCCAGAUAUGUUCUAAAUAGUUAUUUGGACUCGAAUUUAUUCAAUUAAUCUGUUUGUGCUUCAUUAUUUAAGAUUUAGAACUGUGUUCUAUGGGUUGUGACAACUGGAGUUUAUCUGAUUAUCAGAGACUCAAAGCAGAAACAUCUUGCAUGUUAAAUGAUACCGAGAACACAAGGAGACAAUUGCUGCUUUUCCAAGCCAAGGAAAUGUUCACUAAAUCAUAAUGUUGACUUGACCUGAACCUUUAUUAUGAGACUAAAACUUUUGGGAAGUACUACCACUUUCAUUUGGUUUUAAAAUGUAAUCUGUGCACACAAACAGUGUGGAUAGCAAGUAGAAAUGCAUGCAAGACUUGUGCAGUUGUGCUUUAUGAUCUUACAGCAACUUGUGCAUAGAAAAAUGUCAACAAAUAAAGACUAAAUUGUUAUUGUGUGAUUCUGGCAAAUUACAAAUACAGUGUCUGAUCUCCAUGAUGUUACUGAGAAGUUUUAAGA